GUGGCUGCGUCAGGGCCGGGUGCGCGGCCCCGUUCCCUGCUGUGUGCGGGGCCGGCGCGGGGCCGGUGCGGGCGGGGCCGCGCCUCGCUCGUCCCUCGCUAAGAUGGCGGCGGCGGCGGCGGCGGCGGCCGUGGCGCGGCUCGAGGGCCGGGAGUUCGAGUACCUCAUGAAGAAGCGCUCGGUGACCAUCGGCCGCAACUCGUCGCAGGGCUCGGUGGACGUGAGCAUGGGCCACUCCAGCUUCAUCUCCCGCCGCCACCUCGAGAUCUUCACCGCCGCGCCCCCGCCGCCGCCGGCCGGCGCGGACGGGCCGCCGCCCCCGCCGCAGGGGGGACCGGCGGGCGGAGCGGGGGGCGACUUCUACCUGCGCUGCCUCGGCAAGAACGGCGUGUUCGUGGACGGCGUGUUCCAGCGGCGCGGGGCGCCGCCGCUGCAGCUGCCGCGAGUCUGUACUUUCAGGUUUCCCAGCACAAACAUCAAGAUAACAUUCACAGCUCUGUCCAAUGAAAAGAGAGAAAAGCAGGAGGCCCCGGAGUCCCCAGUGAAGCCUGUGCAACCCCAGAUCUCUCCCUUAACAAUAAACAUUCCAGACAACAUGGCUCACCUGAUCAGCCCCCUCCCUUCUCCCACGGGAACCAUCAGUGCUGCAAAUUCCUGCCCAUCGAGCCCCCGCGGCGCAGGCUCUUCAGGGUACAAAAUGAGUCGUGGAAUAGCAUCUGACCUACAUUUGAUGGCUGACAAUUCCCAGGCAGAAAACGACAAGGAAGCUUCGGGGGGAGACAGCCCAAAGGAUGACUCUAAGCCACCCUACUCCUAUGCACAGUUAAUAGUCCAAGCAAUUACAAUGGCCCCGGAUAAGCAGCUUACACUAAAUGGAAUUUACACGCACAUAACUAAAAACUAUCCCUACUACAGGACAGCAGACAAGGGCUGGCAGAAUUCAAUACGUCACAAUCUCUCUCUGAAUCGUUAUUUCAUCAAAGUACCACGUUCCCAGGAAGAACCAGGCAAAGGCUCAUUCUGGAGGAUAGACCCUGCCUCUGAAAGCAAAUUAAUAGAGCAGGCUUUUAGGAAAAGGCGGCCUAGGGGAGUACCUUGCUUUAGAACCCCUCUGGGACCACUCUCUUCUAGAAGUGCCCCAGCUUCUCCUAAUCACUCUGGAGUGUUGUCUGCACACUCCAGUGGCGUCCAGACCCCCGAGAGCCUGUCCAGGGAAGGAUCUCCUGUCCCCAUGGAGCCUGAGCCCAGCGCCAUCCAGCCAAAACUCGCCGUCAUCCAGGAAGCGCGAUUUGCACAGAGUGCCCCAGGAUCACCUCUCUCUAGCCAGCCAGUUUUAAUUACUGUACAGCGGCAGCUACCACAAGCUAUCAAACCCGUCACCUACACUGUUGCAACUCCCGUGACAACAUCGACCUCCCAGCAGCCUGUAGUUCAGACAGUUCACGUUGUGCACCAGAUCCCAGCUGUGUCAGUCACCAACGUGACUGGAUUGGCACCAGCAAACACUUACACUGUCGCAGGACAGGCGGUUGUCACACAAGCUGCUAUGGUCACCCAGCCCAAGGUGGAACCUCAAGAGAAUGGGGACCACAAGGAAGUCAAAGUGAAAGUGGAGCCUCUCCCUGCCAUUAGCCAUGCUGCAAUAGGAGCUGCUGGUCGCAUCAUCCAGACAUCGCAGCCCACGCCCUUACAGACAGUUACCAUAGUGCAACAGGCGCCGCUGGGGCAGCACCAGCUGCCCAUCAAAGCUGUCACCCAGAACGGAACGCACAUCGUGCCCCUGAGCGCCGCCGUGGGGCCGGCCAGCGCAGCUGCUGCAAGUCCUUUGCACAUGUUGGCAACCCACGCGUCCGCAUCGGCGUCGCUGCCCACCAAGCGCCAGAACGGAGACCAGGCAGAGCAGCAGGAACUCAAACGGAUCAAAACAGAGGAUGGAGAGAGCAUAGUCAUAGCUGUGAACGUGGACACCCCCCCCGUGGCAGUGAGUGACAAAGGCAGCCAGAACUAGAAACUUUAGGGGAGUUUUCCUUUUUUUUU